GGGCGGUGUGCCAACAGUAGACAUGACUCGUCCGUCACAGCGCGAGGACAUCCCUUAAGGAAGCAUCGAACUCGGCAUGAUAAAUACCGACAUCACCUCGCCAUUUUCAUCAGAUAACUUUUGUGAAAUGUUUUUAGUGAGUAAAACGGCCCAGUCGUAACCAAAGAAAGCUCCUCCACCCACUUCACUGAUCGAUAUGCGUUUCAACGAGAAGGAGCUGGUCUGUUUGAGCCGCCAACCGUCAGAGAUGGCAGCUGAACUGGGAAUGCGAGGUCCCAAGAAAGGAGACGUUGUCAAGAGGAGGCUGGUGAAACUCGUAGUUAACUUUCUGUUUUACUUCCGGACUGAUGAAGAGGAGCCAGUUGGGGCUUUGCUGUUGGAACAGUGUCGUGUAGAGAGAGAGGACACUCAGAUCUUCUCUGUUGCAUUUCUAGAUGAUGCGGAGAGGAAAUAUUUGUUUGAGUGUGACUCUGAAGAGCAAUGUAAGGAGUGGAUAGACUCCAUUAUCAAAGCAAGCUACGAGUUCAUGAGGAGGAACCUUAUAUUCUAUAGAACUGAAAUCCACAGACUGACCGGAAAGGAUCCUUUGGAGCAAUAUGGAAUAUCUGAGGAAACUCGCUUCCAGGUUAACAGUGGCUCACAGCUCAUGGCCAGAGAUACGUCCUCACUGUAAACCAGGAUGCUCAGAUGAUUUUUUUUUUCAGUCACCCAUUCCAAACUUCAAUUCACCUAAAAACAACAACAACGUUUCUAUCGAUCGACUGUAUCCACUUACACUGGUUUGUAUAACUUGGCUUUAAACACACAAGUUAUUACAGGGCCUCCUUAAAGCAACCUAAGUUAUAACUCGUAUAACUGUUGCUUUGCCGCCAUUCAUUCUAGAUAAUGUUGGUCUAUGUUACUGUUAGUUCAGGAUAUUUUAUGCAUUAGUUACUGCUGGAUUUUCAGAUCUCCUCUUUUGUUUUAAUCUGUUUGUACUUUUUUUUAAUGAAAUAUUGUACAUGCAGAAAAUGUGAUAUUACUUUCAAGAUGGGAAUCCUGCAUUCAUUUCGUGAGCAUUUUUGUGUUUUAUUACAGUUUAUUUCAGCACAUCUGAUGUAAUGUAAAUCCAAGCAAAUUUGGAAGAAGCCUAACAAACUCUGUUCUUAAUCAUCAAUAUCUUGCUCUAUAAACUGUACUUCUAUUACUGUUUGUAGGCCCUUAAUCUGCUGGGCCAAACCAUCUUCUCUUAUUUUGAAGAGUGUUUUUUUUUUUUUUUUAUUAGCUG